AUGGUCGAGGCAACGACGUCGACCGGGCGCCAGGCGUUCAGCAUCGAGCACCAGCAGAAUGGUGGCGGUGUGCCCAGUCCUCGGACGGCACUACAGGCGAACUCAAUACGAGGCGGAGUUGCAGCAGCAGCAGCUACUACUACAUCAGCAUCCAGCUCGUCAGUGAAAGGGAACCCCAAAGCUGGAAGAAACGACAAGAACAGCAGAAUCGUGAUGUGCGUGCUGAUUUUUUGUGUCUGCCUCGUUUUGUUCCUGUUUAUCAUGCAGAUGAGCUUGAUGGGGGCGACCUUCCAGCAAAGGCACGCACCACAAACGCAGGAGGAGCGCGAAGCGGAGCAGAUGCGGGCGUUAGAGGAGCUAUUCGACUCCGGCGAGGGCCCCACCAUGAACGGCAGGAAAGUGAAAGUCGUGAUCCGCUUCAACGGCGGCGGUGGCGCCAAGCUUCGGGGCGCCGGCCACGCGCUCGACGGCCUGGACGACGGCCUGCGGCAGUUGCUAGAGGGCAGUGCGAACCGCAUCAGCGGUUCCUUGCUCCCCCAUGUCCACGAGGUACACGGAAAAGAAGAUCACAAAGAAAUCAAGCACAACGAAGGAGGCGGCCAGAUAAUACGUAUUUUACGUUUCAUUUUUUGUACAUAGCUCUUGGUGUUGUUGAUGUUUUGAAAAAUCCAUUGUCUUGUAAAUAUGCAUAUGGUCAGCUGUGUAGUUCGAGCUCCAUUCAUUCUAUUGAUUGUUUCAAAAACUUGGUUCCGACUCCGAGCCACGAAGAGUUUUGAACUCUUUCUUCGCAGCUGCAAGAAAACACGACGUAUUUAUUCCACUUGUCCAAUUUUUAUCUUUACAGGCGUUACCCGGCGCAUGAGCAACCCCUUCGUUUCCGCUGGAAAUCCUUUUGACAUGUUUGGCGGGGGCGAAGACCCGUUUGGCGACCCGUUUGCCGCCACCGAGGACCCGAUUGAGGCCAUGAUGCAGGCCGCGCUCGGGGAAGCCAUCGGUAUGGGCGGUGGGGGCCCACCGGGGCAUCAAAUGGUAAUGCACUCGGGGAACCACGACAACCAUGCCGUUCGUGUGGUGCGGCUCGGGAACCCGCAGGAGGCGAUGGACUCGCUGUUUCCGAUGAUGAUGCUCUCUACCCUCAUGGAAAGCGGGAUUUUGUCGCACAUCAUGAAGGACCUGUCCAGCAAGUACGGCAACGCGCCCAAGGAGUUCAAGGAUCCGGUCACCGACGCCCUGCUGGACGAACCCGGGUACAUCUACUGGCCCAAGAAGGACACGCUCUGGAAAGAGCGGGCGUUCGAAAUCCACCAGAUCAAACACUGGUAUAAGGAAAUAAAUCGAAAUUAUGUCUAAUGCUGAAUAUUGACCAAGGUAUGCCCAUGCGUUGUAUUUUUCAAUUUCAUCGCGCGAACAAGUAGAUGAAGCGGCCCUCGCCCACCUGCAGUGCGGUCAUACAAUUGUCUUCGUGGUGGGCUUUGUCUUCGUGGUGGUCUUCGUGUUGAACUUGAAGUGCACGUUGUGCAUGAACAAGACCAUGACGUCAAAAUGUCGAGAACUACAUCAUUUUCAUUGAAUAAAUGGAAUUAAAGACGACACUACUAUAACUUCGUUCCUACUUUGUGAUAGGUUCAAGAUCGGCAAGACCACGAACCCGGCGAACGACGCGGAGAUGCCGGGUCGUUUCGACGUGGAGCCCGCGCCCGAGCUGAAGAAGCGCAUCCAGGAGUGGAAGGCGGAGCAGGACGCCGAGGAAGCGAAGAAGCGGCAGGAUCCGCACGCGGCAAAGAACGUCGACGAGGGACUGGCCUACGACGACAAGGGCAACCUGGUGCCGGAAGUGAAGAACGCGCGCGGGCAGGCGGAAGCGAUGACGGCGGAGGCGGUGCACAGCGAGGAGAUCCACCUGUGGCAAGAAUCCAAGUGCGCGCUCACGCAAAAGCGGCUUCUGGAACUCGCGUCGCCCGUCACGCGCGACGGCGUCAACUUCUACGAAGCAACGGCAUUGGAUGAGUUUUUGCGACAUAACCCAAAGGACCCGGCCACCCAGGUCGUCGCCGUGCGCUCAGAGUACAUCGGGGCAAAAGGUAUAGUUUUGACGAGUUGCCGUACCUACAACUCAUUUGGCCGCGUCUCGAGAUCCUGAUAAGAUAGCCAUAGCAUACAACUUAGUACUACUUGUAGGUAGUGUUAUUUGGCAAGAACGUGGUGCCGAGAUCAAAUACAAAGAAUUGAGGCUGAGCUUCUUGCACAACAACUGAGUGUCAUGUCCUUAUUUGAUGAUGAUCUCCAUCUUUCCGUGAAAUUAUGAAUUGAAAAAUCAGAUCUGAUCGCGGAGUUUGGCAAGAGCGCGCCUCACGGCAAGGCCACGCCGAUGGACGCGGCGCGGGCACUGCACCUGGCUGGGCAGCGGUUUAACGAGAAGACGCUGACCUACAAUGCCUUCAAGGCGCGAGCGGUGCGGAUUUUCACCAACGGCCACGCGUCCUGGGAGCCCGCGAAGGGGAAGAAAAAACGGGUCUUGGUGCUCUCGGCGGAGGAAGACGACGGCGCGCAGCACAUGCUCAAGGAACAGUUUCUGCGAAAGGGGUUCGAGGAGGUGGACGUAAAAAACUUCAAGACGCCGGAAGAAUUUCAGGCGCACCAGAACUUCGCCGCGGAGGGCUACGUACUUUUUUUUGUUUUUACAGAAAAUGAAGUUAGCGCUAAGAUGCUUUUGCAUUUUUCAGUGCGUGUUGUGGCAUCUUGUUCGAUCGCUUCGAGCAAAUGGAUGAUGUAUGAUAUUUUUAGCAAAACAAAAACUCGACCAACAGGACGAGAUGUACGACCUCGGAGUCCUUCCCAAGGCGCACCGCAAAAGCACGGAGAGCAUCGCGGGCUUCUGGAGCAAGAUCAAGUCCUUGUUCUCCAACGAUUCCGCGCAAUUCACGACGAUGAGCGCGAUGGAUGCAGAGGUAAAAAUAACGCGACUACUUACUAGGUAGUAUGAUACGGAUUGAUUAUUUGCAUGCGACUAGGUAGCUGUGUGAUGAUGGUCGUCAACAUACACUUUAGGGUUACAUUCAAUUAGACUUGACGCAGGGGCGUAAUAUUGAACACUGAAACAAACCGAAAAUAGUUCGGUGGUGCCAGUAGUGUUGGAGCUUAGCUAUUGUAAAAACUCAUCAACUACAGGACCUCGAGGCCGCUCAUAAGCUCGCGUGCAAAGAGGGCAAGGAGAAAGACUGCCGCGCGCUGCAAAUUCUUUCCGUCCAGAACGUCAACGGCGUGACGCAAACCAGAUGGGUGCCCAAGCCAAAACAUACCGAGUUCUAGUAACAGGGCCGAUCUGAUGAAAGAACCGACACACGCACGACACACACAUGACGCGACAAAAGAAAAAGGAGAAGCGACUACGACAAGAGCACGAUAGUAUUUUUACAUGACGAAAAGGAAAAAGACGCCGUCCCGCUUCCCGUUAGUCGCUCGUCUACUACGACCUUAUAAUAUAUCAACACCUCAUCUGCUUUCGCUUGUCGCCAACUAAGCGGAAAGAAGAGGCACUGAAGACGAAGGAGCAAGCGGCCCUCAUGUCAUGGAGACAUAUGAAUCCGUCAUGAUCAUGAAGUAGUGAACGAUGAACAUUUUUUUUUAACAGGUGGAUCCUGCUGUACUUUAAGUUUUUUCUAGUGGUUGUGCUCCCCAUGACUGCUAACGAAGUUCUAUAAAUUAUGUGAGAAGAUCGCGAUCGCCCUAAAAUCUAGAAACGCGGCAUGAGUCAAAGUAGACACGACAAGUACGAGCCGCGCGGCGCGGGUCGUGCUCGUCCUCGUGUCUACUUCGUCUCACGAAUAAAGGGUGGAAGCGUAGAGAUUAUGACGUAGACGUGCUGAUUUUUGGCUAUCGUGGUGAUUAUGACGUGACUUUUUUGUCUAUCAACUCAAAGAUCCGACUUGCCUCAGGGACUCCGUCCGACGAGAUCUAAAUCGAGUAUGGGUAGGUACUCUAGCUAUGUAGGAGAAAAAUACUAAACGCGGCACUCUCCUCCUCUGUUUUUGAGCCUUUUGGCAUGAAGAUGCGCAUGAUAAAUAACAUGAUAACAACCCCCGAACCUGAGGAGCGCAUAGGCAUAGCCAUAGUACAACACGUUGUAUGUAGCUGAUCUUUCUUUUGUGUGGCAUGGUUGAUCGAUUUCUUCUUUUGACAUGAUACAGUGGAAAUGAAAUGGAAAAUAUGCGGGAGAAUAUGAGUUCCCCUUCCAGUAGAGGCGACAGCUGAAAAGUGAAGAACAAGAAGUCAGUGAACCACGAAGAAAUUUGGUGGCAACUACAAACGACGAGUAAAAGCGAACGUAGAAUAAAGAAAUCGAAAUCUCAGACACGACGAACUGAACGGUUGUAGGAAGCCGUGCGACUUCCGAUGUGGCAGCCCUUGUUUCUCGCCCAU